GCAUCAAGUUUUUACUCUCUAACUUAUCUACGCAUCGGUCAUUCUCUCUAGUUGUAUGGUAUCGCGCAGUAUUCAAACUGCGUUGAAAAUUGUGCCGCGUUUAUUUAGGUACACGACCGUGAGUAACAUGCCGCCAAAGCGAAAUCGAGUUCCAAAGGAAAAUGGUGCUGAAGACAAAACUGAAAAGAAGAAAAAAGUGACAAAGUCACAAGAAACAUCUAGUAGAAAGUCUAAACGUACUGCAAGCAGUACUGAAGAGCCUGCAUCGAAACGUGCCAAAACAGAGCCAAAGCCAGUAAUGAAUAAAGUAGACACAGAUUUGAAUGAAACUGAUUUUGAUUGUGACAAGCUGAAUGCUGAAGGAAAUAAAUAUAAUUUAAAAAUUUCUAGUUGGAAUGUUUCUGGUAUAAGGGCACUUAUCAAAAAAAGUGGAAUGGAAUACAUUAUGAAAGAAGAUGCAGAUAUAGUUGCAUUACAAGAAACCAAAUGUGAUAAAAACAAAUUACCAGAAGAAGUUAAAUUGAAAGGAUAUCAUCAUUACUUCCUUGAUAGUAAGAAGGCUGGUUAUUGUGGUGUUGCAUUAUAUACAAAACAGAAACCAAUUGAUAUACAAUAUGGUUUGAAGAAUUCUGAAUUUGAUGAUGAAGGCAGAUUAAUUACAGCAGAAUACCCAAAUUUCUAUUUCCUUAAUGUUUAUGUACCUAAUGCUGGUCAAAAAUUAGUAACACUACCAAAAAGAUUACAAUGGAAUGAAGCCUUUAAGAGUUAUGUAAAGCAAUUAGAUGAAAAAAAACCAGUCAUUAUUUGUGGUGAUAUGAAUGUUGCUCAUCAAGAAAUAGAUCUUACAAAUCCUAAAACGAAUACAAAAAAUGCUGGAUUUACUAAAGAAGAACGAGAAGGUAUGACAGAUUUUUUGGCUGCAGGAUUUGUGGAUACAUUUAGAUCUUUAUAUCCUGAUAAAACAGGAGCUUAUACAUUUUGGUCAUAUUUUGCUAAUGCACGCAGUAAAAAUAUAGGAUGGAGACUGGAUUAUUUUUUGGUAUCAGAGAAAAUCAAAAAUAAAGUUUGUGACAAUGUUAUAAGGGAUAAGAUAUAUGGCAGUGAUCAUUGUCCAAUUGUGCUUUUCGUUAAUAUAUAAGAUUCAACUUUUUAUACUUAAAUUACAUGUAAUUGUGU